AAAUCAUCGUAGAUACGAAUGCUUAUUCAAUCGUGAAGAUGCUGAUGGUUGGGAUAUCAGACAAGCUAUGAAUGAUCUCACUGGUUAUGACAGUGUACCGGAGCCUAGGAUCAUCAUCGCCGCUCUUCAUGCUUGUAGGAGACUCAACGAAUACGCCUUAUCUGUUAGGUUUUUGGAAAUGGUGAAAAACAAGUGCGGCAAUCGCGUCGAUGAGAUUUGGCCGUACAUUGUACAAGAAGUGACACCUACGGUCGCCGAGUUGGGAUGCGAUUUCCCAGAGAAUUUGGGCUAUGACAAACCGGAGCUGUUUUUGGAAUCUGUUUUCGAUGUGCGUUGAGAAUCUGUAAUAGUCACACAUUAAAAACAAUGUGUAUUAUAUUAUAAUUGUAGUUAUGAUAUUAUAAGAAUGUCAAACCGUUGGUAUUAAAUUAAUGUUUAGAGUAAA